UCGACCGGAUCGCAACCCUCGAGCCAAUACCCGCCAAAAUCACGGGAGUCCACCGCCCAAUGAAGACGAAGAUGACGGCGAAUCGCAAUGCCAAACGACUCGGAGGACCCAGGAAAUCACCGAGUCGAGCGAGCGAUCGCACCGAGUCGCUCAAAACUCGGACGAGUCGGCGGACCAAGUCAGUCCCCGCCCGGGAAACGGCGAGUCCCGGGACUCAGCUUCAACCCCGGCAUCGACCCAGUCAAGCCCUGCCCUCGUCGAGCUCAUCCUUCGACCGGUUCAAGAUUCUCUCACGGGAAUUUUUUCAAAUAGAUGCUCUGGACCUCGCGCCACGGUUGCUCGGGAAGUUCCUGAGACGAGACGAUGUGGUUCUUCAGAUUACGGAGGUUGAAGCUUAUCGGCCAAAUGAUUCGGCUUGUCAUGGUCGAUUUGGCAUUACGGCAAGGACGGCACCAGUUUUUGGACCAGGAGGACAUGCAUAUGUGUAUCUCUGCUACGGUCUCCACAAAAUGCUUAACAUUGUAGCAGACAAGGAAGGAAUUGGAGCGGCUGUCCUGAUUCGCUCUUGUGCUCCCAUUAGUGGGCUAGCGACCAUCCAGAAACGUAGGGGUCAGGAAACAGAGAAGCCUGUGCUUCUUACUGGGCCUGGCAAGGUUGGCCAAGCACUAGGACUUUCAACUGACUGGUCAAGCCAUCCCCUUUAUACUCCUGGUGGUUUAGAAAUCCUAGAUGGGCCAAAGCCGGAAAACAUACUGAUCGGUCCAAGAGUGGGCAUCGAAUAUGCUUUGCCCGAUGAUGUCAACGCAUUAUGGAGAUUCGCUGUCGCGGGUUCAGCUUGGGUAAGUUCCCCAAGAAACACUCUUAGGCUGCCCGGAUUAUAGACUGGACACAUAUUUGAAGACCUUUUGCUAGAGGUGCGUCACGAUGGUAACACGGAUCUAUAAUUGAUCUAGGAAUCCCCAAGAUUCUUAUGGGAUGGUUGAAGUGUGAUAAGGUGUUUCCAUUUAUCUGGAACUUCGAUGCAACGAAUGUAUAUAUUUCUUUCUUUGCAAUGCAUAACAAAAGGUGAAGGACAACACUGAAAUGGGAAUAGUGUCUCCAAAUGAACUCUAGCAUCCAGAUGAGUACAUAUGAACAUUUCUUUUCCCCUUGCUUUGC